AUGGCCAUGCGUGCGUGUAACUUGUAAGGGCGCUGUGCAGAAGCUGCAACAGUGAGUCGGAACUCUGCCAUCGCUCUCUGCACUCAUCAAUCAAACAGAUUGCUCACGCUCUGCAACUGUCUGUUUGCUGGGAGAUAGAUAGCUGUCUGUUCGAGUGCCAAGCGACUUUUAUACACACCAGCCUGUUUCGCUGUGUGCGUAGCUGGAGCGGCCGGCUAUUCGUCUCUCUUUUGCCCGACUUCGUGGACCGGCGUAGCUGGGAAGAUAACAGCAAAAUUCGGUUUCAGGUGUCGAGGCUGGACAGCAACAAGAGCGAGAGAGAGUACGAAGGGUAUGCUGAUUUUGUGCGUCUUGCUGUUAUUUAGACCCAUGCUCGAGUUAAACGAGUUGGAGAGCACGUCGACUGGGAGAUUGAAGUCCAGUGACUCCUGAAUGUGGCAUACUGAGUUCGAGGGAGCUGACUUUUGAUUCAUGCUAAGGUUGUGGGUCUAGUUGCUGCAGUUUCUUACUGAAUCUCAUGUAACCUCACUGGUGUAUGUUCUCUGAUUUUCAUCAUCCGCUGUUAGCAGAAUCGUUUCGGUUCUGCUGUUCUUACUGUACUAGCUAAUUACAAACCUGUAGGGAGAGAGAUAGAGGUCUACAUUGCGAUGGAAAUGGAAACUGUGUGGAGGAAGUGUACAGUUCAAAGUAACGUCCCAUUCAAAUCCAUAUCAUGGACAUGUGUUGCCCAUUUUUUCUCAACUUUUCCUCAGCACGCUGAACUCUAGCAGACUCGUCUUCGCCCCAGGUUUUUUUAAAGUUAUAAACUCCCAUUCUUCUUUAGAAAAGCCCUGUGUCGCCGUUUCGAGACAUGGCAUUGAGGAGGCAUUACCGUCUGCAAGAUCUGCGACGUUCUUUGUUGAGCUUUGCCAUCAUUUUUGUCUCCUUGACCAGUAGUUGGGGUACGAGCUUCUCCCAGACGGACGGCAGUUCUCCGACAACUAACCCAGUGGAUCUGCAAGUCCUGCACGAGAUGAUGUACUCCUUGAACUUCGAAGAGGACUGGAACACCUACUUUCCUGACCCCUGUGUUUCGGGCCCUCAGGGCAUUCUUUGCGAGCCUGACCCAGUGACAGGAGUCCUCUUCGUCACUCAGUUGCAGUUCGGCUACAUUUCGCCGAUUGACAACAUCAUUCCCUGCAGCUUCAACGCCUCCAUCCCAUCAUCCAUCGCCAAGCUCACCCGUCUCGAUACGCUUGCCUUCUACAGCUGCUUCGUGAAUUCUACCGCUACAAUCCCUGAGGAGAUCACCCUCCUCGGACCCACUCUCAGGUUGCUCUCCCUACGAAGAAAUCCUUCACUGACAGGUACAAUACCUGCAGGCAUCGGAAAACUCACAGGGCUGCAGCGCUUGGUCCUCUCGCAGAACGGAUUGCAGGGAGAGAUUCCAGCGGAGUUGAGCAACUUGCAGAACUUGAUCCAACUGGACUUGAGCCACAAUAACUUGUCCGGCUCAAUACCUGCAACGUUGAGCACUAUGGACAGCCUCGUAAACUUGGACCUUCGCUACAACCAGCUUGACGGGGAGUUUCCUGCAGGGCUUGGCCAGGGCUUUGGGCAUCUUCAGCGGUUGGCCGCUAGCUACAACAAGCUCUCUGGAAGUUUGCCGGACACUUUCACGGGUCUCAAAUAUCUCACCUUCUUGGAUUUGAGUUACAACCACCUCAUGGGCAAUUUGCCGCCAUCGCUGGGGAACCUAGCAAACCUUCAAGACUUGUUUCUGAAUUCCAACUCUCUGGAUGGCGAGAUUCCAGAGUCGUUGGGCUCCUUGAUACCCCUGAAGAGGCUCGAUCUAUCAUCUUGUGGUUUCGUGGGCUUGAUUCCUGAUUCUUUGAAAGGGUUACAGAAUCUUAGAUAUCUCUCCGUGAGCAACAACCACCUCUCUGGGCCGAUUCCGGCCUCUUUGGCCUCGUUGCCCGUGUUAUUCACCCUCAACUUGGACGGUAAUCAGCUCAGUGGUGCAGUACCAUUUCCAUCAAGCUUCAUACAGAAAAUGGGACGGAAUAUGUUGCUGAAUGGCAAUCCGGGGCUUUGUUACACCCCUCAGUUGGUGACCAUCAAGAUGCUGCUGGGGUUGAACCAGUGCCCCGAUCUGCAAGUGUCGGCUCCUGUUCCAACAGCUCCUGCACCGGCAACCUCUCCCAAUGGGAGCUGGAAACUAACUAUCAGCUUUCAACUCGGUAUUGUGGUACUGGUGUCCCAUCUUCUCCUUCUUCACGCCAUUUAACGGAAGAUCAGAUCAGGAACAUGCUUUUAAUGACGUUUCGCGUCUAGAUUGCCCUGCAAUCUGUUCCAAGAGGGACGUGGGGUUGCAGCAGAAAGUGAGGAACUAAUUCUUUUCCAAAUCAGGAGCUGCGCAUGUGUGUGUGUGUGACGGACGUAUCGCAUUGGAGGUUGGUGUAAUUACCCUUCUGAAGAUUCACCAUAUCCUCCGACACCACAUGCAUCUUUGUCAAGCUUUGAAGAUUGAUGCCAUCUUUCCUGCCCUUCUCAAUCUACGCUGCAAGGUGACCAGACUUCGAAGGCUCACCCUCACCGGGUUUUUUCUGGCCUUAUAUGAUUGGACUUGUAACGAUAAUAUUUCUUAAGCUUGCUAGUCUACCUUAGAAUGCAAACAGGAUUGAAGCAAUUUAUUUUAUUUUAUUUUAUUUUAUUUUUCUGGUGUGGUACGCCUCAGCGAAUAUGUAGAAGGCCCACUUUGUGUUGCUCCGAAUGAGCUUUCAUCAUAGAUACCUUAUUGUUGCCCCAAAUUAGUGAUUAAACAGUCAGAUACUGCUUUAUUUGUAAAUAUGUUGGCGGCAGUUCAAACGAGGGGCAAUCAAGAGAGACAUGCUGACAAUCACAGUACUGAAAUCUUCACUGAUUGGUAUACUCUCGUAAGUUUUGUUGGUUUGCACAAAACAAAACAAAACAAACACUCAUAUUCUUCACAAUUAUGGAGGAUUCGUUUGUGCAGGUAACCUUCCCAGUUAUUACUUGCUUUUGAAAUAAACCGAAUGUUUACCUUCGCUUGCAA